UGUGGCACCACUAGAGUUUCAGGGAAAUCCAAGAAAGGUGGAGACUUCGGGAUAACUUCCUGCACUGUACACGCAAAGCAGAGAAAGGACCCUCGCUCGGAAACAACCGCCAAGUCGUCGUGAAGAGCAAAACCGGAUGGAUUUAAUCAGCAAAUAAUAACAAUAACAAUAAGAGUAACGAAAAGAAAUCCACGGAAGCGCAGCUCCGCGCCACUGAGUCCCACGGAAAGAUAAAUAACACACAGCGCUAGCAUCAGAGCUGCUAGCUAACGUCGGCUUAAAGGACGUGAAGGCGCUCGCGCAUCAAAGGGCAGUAUGGUUGAAGUGGUGGUGGAGUAUGAAUAUGAAGCAGUGCAUGAAGAUGAACUGACCCUUCGACUAGGAGAUAUAAUCAAGAAUGUGAGACGAAUAGAGGAAGAAGGAUGGAUGGAAGGUGACCUAAACGGACGAAGAGGCCUUUUCCCAGACAACUUUGUCAAGGAGUUGAGGAAAGAAUCGAAAGAGGAAACGAAAGAGGUGAAGGAGGUGAAGGAGGUGAAGGAUGAUGCGCAGCUACAGCGAAGGUCGUCAGGGAACGUGGCCAGUCUGGUGCAGAGAAUCAGCACUUAUGGAAUUCCAGCAGGAGGUCUGGGCUUCCAGCCUCGAACGUCCAGAAAGAAGCCGAAAAAACGCCAGUGCAAAGUCCUGUUCGAGUAUGUGCCGCAGAACGAGGACGAGCUCGAGCUGAAGGUGGGCGAUAUCAUCGAAAUCUCUGAGGAGGUGGAGGAAGGCUGGUGGAGUGGGAUAGUGAACGGGAAGACUGGCCUCUUCCCCUCCAACUUUGUCAAAGAAAUCGAGACAAGUGAGGACGGCGAAAGCAACGAAGUCCCAGACGAGCCAGACAGUAAAGAUGAGGUCACCAGUCCAGCUUCCCCUCACCCUGGAAACGGGGUCAUCGCGCAGCCUAAAAAGAUCAAAGGUGUUGGGUUUGGCGACAUUUUCCGCGAAGGCUCAGUGAAGCUCAAACCUCGCUUGCCAUCUGACACAGAGGAGAAGAAAGAAAAACCUAUCCCAUCAUUACCAUCAGCCUCUAAGCCCAGUCCCUUAAACAUGGCAGAUGCUCACAAAAUGGAGAAAGAUGGAGACAGCAAAGGUAAAGUAAAGGAAUACUGCAAGGCCAUUUACAGUUAUGAAGCUACGAACCAGGAUGAGCUGGACAUUAAGGAAGGUGACAUUGUUCAUUUACUAAGCAAGGAUACAGGGGAGCCAGGCUGGUGGAGAGGAGAGCUGAAUGGCAGAGAGGGAGUGUUUCCUGACAACUUUGUGGUGCUGAUUUCAGAGUCAGAAAAAGAGACACUUGUAUCCAAAGGCUCAAUUAAGCAGACUCCCAAACAAGAACCAGAAGAGAAGCCAAAGAAACCACUACCACCAUCCAAAACUGCAGCACUAAAACCAGAGGUCCCGAGUGCUGACAAGAAACCAACACAGUUACGACCUGAGGAUAAAGUUGAUAGGCCUCUGCUAGACAAACCUGUCAAGCCAGCUGCUCCCAUUGUGCCUCCUAAAAAGCCUGUUCCCCCUCCGGGAAAAGGACUGCUGCGUCCAGUGGCACUGCCGCCAAAACGACCUGAAAAACCUCUUGUUCCAUCUCCAGUAGCUAAGCAUAAUGGGGAGGUACCACCCACACGACCAAAGUCAGACUUUGAGCCAUCAUUACCUAGCAAACCAAAAACGCUGUCUGGGGACUGGGCUGAAAAGACCACCAACUUAGAUCUUUUGAGUUUUGAUGAUGUGUCCUCUACCUCGGAAAAGUUGUCUCACCCAACUGCAAACAGACCAAAGAUGCCUGGCAGGCGACUCCCGGCCCAGUUCGGUGGAGGCCAGUCUCCAAACAAAGAAGCCAGCGAGAAAGCUUCAAAAACAGAAGAAGAGGAAAUUCCAAGACCAAAGUCAUCUGACAUUUGCAAGCCUUCCCUCUUAACACCAUCGUCCACUGUGCACAAGGCGGCGAAUUUUUCCACUCCGGAGCACAAAGUGAAAACUGAGGUGGAGGAGGAGAAAGGCAAAGAACUGGAUGAGCUCAGGACUCAGAUUAAGGAGCUUCUGCUCUCCAUAGAGUUACUGAAGACACAGCAAACGAGAGAGCUUACAGACUUAAGAACUGAACUGGAUGAUGAGCGGUUGAAGCGGGUGGCUCUGCAGAUGGAGAUAGAGAAAUUAAAAAAGCAGGUACAAUCAACAUAAGAUGGGACUUCUGUGCUGCUGAAAGAAAGCCGUCACGACUUGAUGCUAGUCCAUGAGCGGCAGAUAUCAUUCCCUUAAUUCUUUGAGUCACUGACCUACUCCAGAAAUUGUAAGAUUUACAUUUGCACAUAAUGAGCGUUUUAUAUGGUAUAGAAUGGUGUAAUUAAGACUGAUGUAUAUGGUUUUUCUCGCUGUCUUUUUCUCUUUUUCUUUUUAUUUGCCAACAAUUGAGGCCUUAUUCUAUACUACUGUGCUGGAUUUGCAGGCAAUUUAAUACUACUGAAGCUGUAUAAAGUCAUGGAUGGGAUUCUUUUUUUUUUUUUCUUCUUAUUUUUAUGUCAUGGGGUAGAUUUUUUUUUUUCCAAGCUAUUAUGAUUGCAGCAAUAAUCUUUUGAUAUUAGCCUCUUCAGAUUACUAUGGAAUAUAUAACCUACUCCGCUGCUGUAGUUACCAUGUAUCCUGUCGCUUUGUCAAGAGGGAGCUUUCCUUUAAUUGUUUCUUAACAUUUUCAUCCAGGGUGACACUAUCGUGCCUGUUUUACAAGUGUUAAUAUUGGAAGCUCUUUUAUUGCUUAGCUUUGCAGCAAGAUAUAUUUUUUAUCAGCAAUUACAAAGAAUGGGAAUAUACGUACACGCGUAUACACAGGUAGGGAAAGAAAAAAAAAAACAAAGGUAGGGAAAAAAGAAUCUACAUUUCUAUGUUUCUAAAUCCUCAAA